AUGGCUGUACGAAGUUUGACAGAUGUUUUUACGUUAAUGAGAAAUAAUGCUAUUCAGAAUAGGAAUUUUUAUAAUGAUCAGAUUUUGAAUGACAGAGCAGCUUUAGUCGAGCAAGGAGAUGGUAGACAUGAUGAUUUUAGUAGCAUUCCUCCAGCGUGGACUGAUCAAGUAGAAGAGUGCCAAUAUGCUUUGAUUAGAUUAAAUUCAAAAAUUCAAGAAUUAGAUAACCUUCAUAAAAAGAAUUUACAUAGGCCAACCUUAAAUGAUUCGGCUGAUGAUCAACAUCAAAUUGAAGUUCUUACAAGAGAUAUUAGUAGAAUGUUUUCAAACUGUCAUAAACUUCUUAAUACAAUCAAAAAGCAAAGUCAAAAUGGAAGUAACACAGAAAGAAACUUAGCAAAAAAUGUAAUGGCAUCCUUGGCUGCAUCUCUUCAAAAUUCAUCGAAUACAUUUAGAAAAACACAAAAUAAUUAUUUAAAAACCAUUGACUUGAGGGAAGAAAGAUCGAAAAAAUAUUUAAAUGUCUUAGAUCAGGAUUACGAUUUGAAUUUAAUAGACAAUGAAGUAGAUAACAUUGAUCAAAUUUUCGGUAGAGGUCAGUCUCAUUUAAUGACACAACAACAAUUGUUGUUACUAGAAGAAGACAAUAUGAGGUUAGCGGAAAAAAGAGAAGAAGAAGUUAAACAAAUUGUUAAAUCAAUUGUAGAUCUUAAUCAAAUUUACAAAGACUUUGCUCAAAUGGUCACACAUCAGGGAACCAUAUUAGAUAGAAUUGACUACAAUAUUGAAAAAACAUCAGUUCAAGUUCACGAGGGUUUUCAACAGUUACAAAAAGCGGAAAGAUAUCAGAAAAAAAAUAGAAAAAUGUCUUGUAUCAUAUGCUUAGCCGUCACCGUAUUAUUUUUAUUUAUUUUACUCGUCAUUGUCAAAUCAAAUUAA